GCGUAGAUGAAGGCUAAAUGGAACCUAAAGCAGAGUAGCUGAUUUACUACACCAUGCCACUGUGGCCAGCUCUGGGCAACAUCUGUGAAUUGUCACUAGAAAUAAUAAGCUUCCCACUAGAAAGCCCCAAUUUCUUCACUUUUUUCCAUUUUAAGAGGCCAAUCUUUCUUUGAUAUUAAAGGCAGAGGCAUGGGACGAAGCUCCCUUACUCUGUAGAAGUACUGUGGUACGCAGUACAGGAUGUGGUGCUACACCAUCCCAGUGCCACUGCAGUGUGUGCCAUGCAGCUCUGCUGCCCAAAGGAGCGUGCUCCCAUGUGCUGGAGAAGGCGCAGGAUUCCCCUCCAGUCUCCUCUGCAUUAACUUGCAGAGCGCUUUUGGGUGUUUUGAUUGUGUCUUAUUUAACCCCCUAGUGGAUGAUUACGAAAGUGAAGCUUGUAAAAUGAGCAGCAGCGAGGCAGGGCUCAGCCCCAGGACACGUGUGUUCCCAGCUGAACCUUUCAGCAGGUUCAAAAUGUUCCCUGCCCCUGAAACCCACUUGAUCUGCUUCCUUUGAGCACAUCCAGUCUAUUCCAAGCCAAGUAAACAUGAACUUUAGCUCUUCGGGGAGAAAGACAAAAUUGUUCCUGUCACUGCGGUACAGGCAUUCAGCUUCAGCUGAGCUUCGGCUAACCUCUCACAGGUAGUUUUGCCUUCUCGGCUCUUCCCCUUUGCGGACCUCCCGUCUGGGUGCAACGAUGUGGUUCUUGGACAAGAUCAGAGCGUCGCAGGGAAGCAGGAACCUCCCGUGUGCCUCCUUCCUGGGCCUGCCACCUGGCCAACAUCUGCUGGAAAAAGCCCGCCUGGGGGCUGCUGCUUUUCCCAACGUGCUCACCCCGGACAGAAUCCCGGAAUUCUGCAUCCCCCCCCGGCUAAGCACCGCUGCUCCUGCUCAGGGUCCCAGCUCCCGCCAGCACCACAGUUCGGGGGAUGCAUAUCUCAAGUCCUCUGACCACAGCUCCAGCUCUUCUUUGCCCCACUUCAUCCAGGUGGAAAGUGCUGAAGAGUUCCCAGCGCUGGAGGAAGAAGGCACCAACUCAGACCCGCAGUCCCAAGCCGCGCUCUCCCUGCCUCACUUCCCCAGAGCUCCCACUUCCUACGGCUUCUGCACUUUGCUGGAGAGUCCCCACACCAGAAGAAAGGAAUCGAUCUUCCACGGUGACACGUGCGGGGCUCUGCCCAGCCUGACGCUGCCUCGAUCCAGAGCUAACACAUUCGGUGGCAAAGGGAACACAUCCAAUCCCAUUGCUAUCAGCUUCACUUCGGUAAGGCUGCCUCCCAGGCACCUGCACAGGCAGGGUGCUUGCGACAGCGACACUGCCUCCUCCAGCGACUCCUCUCCUUUCAGCUCCCCACUUCUCAGCAGAUCGCCUCCCAGAUCCUGCUCCUUGAUCAAGGCACGAAGUCAGGAAGGAUUGCUCUGCCGAGCACUAAAGGCCAAGAACAAAUCUGGCAUGUCCAGGAAUAAUUCUCUGUCUACAGAGGAGAGCAGCUCCACUGAUAACAGCCCCAGUGCCAUCAGGCGGGCCUCAGAGGGGCUGCUCGCCGCACGGAGCUGCAGUGUGUCUUGUUCUCCCCUCUUUCCCCUGGACUUUGCCCGUGGCCGGCGGAGACUGGUGGGAGAGAGCACGGUAGUCAUGGACAAGGGGGGCAUGUUGAGACUGUCAGCUGAAUACUGCUCAGAAAAUGAAAGGCUGAGGAUCCGUCUGAUCAGUGCAGAGGGUUUAUAUGAUGACUCUGUAGAGCCCAAAAACAUAAACUGCUGCAUUACCCUCUCCCUGGUGCCAGGGAAAACUCAGAAACAGAGAAGCACUGUUAUAAAGAGAAGCAGGAAUCCCAUCUUCAAUGAGGACUUCUUUUUUGAUGGCAUUGCAGAAGAAGAACUCCUCAGCCACUCUGUGAGGAUGAAAGCAACAAAUAAAGGGUGCAGCAUGAAACGGGACUACACCUUAGGAGAACAGGAAUUGUCUUUAAUGAGUAUGUUGUCCUUGUAAUACUUCAAACAGACUGAUUUUUGUAUUCUGAAAGUUUUCUACUAAAUAAAGUUUUGGUUUCUUUUUCUUAUAGAAUACUUGAAAA